GACGGGGCUGCUGAGCGGCGGUCGGGGCGCGGCCCCGCGGCGGCGGAGCGAGAAUGAUGAAGUCCUCUGUCCACGCAGAAGAAGAUGACUUUGUCCCAGAGCUGCAGAGGAGCAUCCAUCCCAGGGAGAGGCCAGACUGGGAGGAGACGCUCAGCGCCAUGGCCCGAGGUGCCGACAUCCCGGACAUCCCGGGGGAGCUGCCGCUCCGCUCCUGCGGCAGCACAGCCAGCAUGAAAGUGAAGAAUGUGAAAAAAUACAUCCCCCCGGGACUGAUGGGCUGUGAUGCCUUUCACAGGUUAUCCUUUACAAAGGGGCACUUCCCGAAGAUGGCCGAGUGUGCACAUUUCCACUAUGAAAACGUGGACUUUGGCAACAUCCAGCUCUCGCUCCCGGAGGAGCAGAACGAAGUGACGAGGAAUGGCUGUGAGUCCAAGGAGCUGGUGUACCUGGUGCAGAUCUCCUGUCAGGGCAGGAGCUGGAUCGUGAAGAGGAGCUAUGAGGAUUUCCGCGUGCUGGACAAACACCUCCACCUGUGCAUCUACGACCGCCGCUUCUCGCAGCUGGCAGAGCUGCCCCGCUCCGAUGCCCUGAAGGACAGCCCCGAGCUGGUCACCCAGAUGCUGAUGGCUUACCUGGCUCGGCUCUCCAACAUCGCAGGCAACAAGAUCAACUGUGGCCCUGCCCUCACAUGGAUGGAGAUUGAUAACAAGGGGAAUCACCUGCUGGUCCAUGAGGAAUCAUCCAUUAAUGUCCCUGCUAUUGCUGCUGCCCAUGUCAUUAAGAGAUACAUUGCUCAAGCAGCAGAUGAACUGUCCUUUGAGGUGGGGGACAUCGUGUCUGUCAUCGACAUGCCACCAAAGGAGCUGACCUCGUGGUGGAGAGGAAAACACGGGUUCCAGGUUGGAUUCUUUCCCAGUGAAUGUGUAGAACUCAUCAACGACAAAGUCCCUCAGUCCGUGACCAAUUCGGUACCAAAACCAGUGUCGAAGAAGCACGGGAAGCUCAUCACCUUCCUCCGGACAUUCAUGAAGUCGCGCCCAACGAAACAGAAACUGAAACAGCGGGGGAUCCUCAAGGAAAGGGUGUUUGGCUGUGACCUGGGGGAGCACCUGCUCAACUCUGGCCAUGAUGUGCCCCAGGUCCUCAAGAGCUGCACGGAGUUCAUCGAGAAGCACGGCAUUGUGGAUGGGAUAUACCGGCUCUCCGGGAUCGCCUCCAACAUCCAGAAACUCCGCCACGAGUUUGACUCCGAGCAGAUUCCCGACCUGACCAAGGACAUUUACAUCCAGGACAUCCACUGUGUGGGCUCCCUGUGCAAGCUGUAUUUCCGAGAGCUCCCCAACCCCCUGCUCACCUACCAGCUCUACGAGAAGUUCUCAGAUGCUGUUUCUGCUGCUACAGAUGAGGAAAGGCUGGUUAAAAUCCACGAUGUGAUCCAGCAGCUGCCCCCUCCCCACUACAGGACACUGGAGUUCCUAAUGAGACACUUGGCUCGUCUGGCUGAUUACUGCUCCAUCACAAAUAUGCACACCAAGAACUUGGCAAUCGUCUGGGCUCCAAACCUCCUCAGGUCCAAGCAGAUCGAGUCCGCCUGCUUCAGCGGCACGGCCGCCUUCAUGGAGGUGCGGAUCCAGUCGGUGGUGGUGGAGUUCAUCCUGAACCACGUGGAUGUGCUCUUCAGCUCCAAGCUCAGCUCCGUCAUCCGCGAUGGGGCAGGGCACAGCUCUUUAUCCCGGCCCAAGUCUCUGCUGGUGUCCUCCCCCUCCACGAAGCUGCUCACGCUGGAGGAGGCUCAGGCACGGACACAGGCCCAGAUCAACUCUCCCAUCGUGGCAGACAGCAAGUACAUUGAAGUGGGAGAAGGCCCAGCAGCUUUGCAGGGGAAAUUCCACACAGUCAUUGACUUCCCAUCUGAAAGGAAAAGGCCUCCCAGCAAGAUGAAGAAGUCUCCAGUGGGGAGCUGGCGUUCCUUCUUCAACCUGGGAAAAUCCUCCUCCGUGUCCAAGCGCAAACUGCAGCGCAACCCCAGCGAGCCCUCAGAAAUGAAAGCCAUAGCCCUGGCAGGAGGACGAGGAGACAGCGGGACGCUCCGCUCGGCCAAGAGCGAGGAGUCCCUCACCUCCCUGCAUGCUGUGGAUGGUGAAUCCAAACUGUUCCGGCCCAGAAGGCCCAGGUCCAGCAGCGAUGCCCUGUCUGCCUCCUUCAAUGGGGAGCUGCUGGGGAACAUGAACCGCUGCAACUCCUACGACAACCUCCCCCAUGACGACAGCGACGGGGACGAGGGGCUCAUCCACGUCCCUGCCCUCAUCUCUCCCCGCUCCUCCGAGGACGUGGACCUCAGCCCGCCGGACAUCGGCGUCGCCAGCCUGGACUUUGACCCCAUGUCCUUCCAGUGCAGCCCCCCCCAGGCAGAGUCCGAGUGCCUGGACAGCAGCACCUCCCUGCUGGAGUCCGUCGAUGUCAAUAAGGAGAAGCCAAGCCUGCUCAAGAAGGAUUUAGAAUCAGGCAGCCAGUCCCAGACCCCAGGCAGUGCCACAAGCUCUGAGCCAGUGUCCCCUUUCCAGGAGAAGAUGAGUCCCUUCUUUACGCUGGACCUGAGCCCCACGGAAGAGCAGGCCUGCAAACCACUCAGCUUCUCACCCAAGACAGCCCGAAAGCCCAUCAAAUCUCCACCACUGAGCACAGAACCCACCUCCUUUGUGCUACCCAGCCGUGUCCCAGAGGCCAUGGGAGGAGUGCCCACCACAUCCAGGAACUCCUCUGCUUCCAGCUGGAGCAAAGAGAUUGGCAUCACUGAGAUCACAAACAGGUCCCCAACCCAGAUGUCCUUGCCCCUGAAAAACAGUGAAACAGGAACAGGGGAAGGAGGCCACCAAGAGCUGCAGCAUCCCCAGCUAGUGGCUGCUUGCAAAGCAGAAUUGCCAGAAGAAGGGGAGAGAGCCAUGCCAAGCAGUCAGAAUAAGACUGUACCCAGUGGACACACCCAGCCAGGAGCAGUUGCCCUCGACUCCCCCCAGGAUCCUGUUCCCGUCAGUUCUGUGUCUCUUAUCCCUCCUCCUCCUCCGAAAAACGCAGCGCGCAUGCUGGCCCUAGCGUUAGCCGAGUCCGCACAGCAAGCAUCCGCCCAGUCCCACAAAAGGCCAGGAGAUGCUCAUGCUGAAAGCACAAAUUAUGGAGAGGCUGAAGCUGGCACAGCUCUAGAAAAGCUCCAUCUCUCUGCGGGCGCUCCCGACAAGCUCCACCUGUUCACUGCUCUGCCCGAGAACCGCCUGCACUUCCAGCCUGGGGCACCUUUAGAGCAGGACUGCCAAGGCACGGCCGGGGAGCAGAACCACCCACCCGGCGCACCUGGAGGCCAAGAGCCCCCGCCUCUCAACGCGGGCAUUCCCGGGGACACGCCUGGCAGCAGGGAUGCCGAGCAGGAGCAGUCCAGCUUCCACCUCAGCAGAGCCGGGGACAAGGAGGCCUUCCCGGCCCACGUGGGGGACUGGGAGCACGCGGCCCUCCACGGCCCAGGGACAUUGCCAGAGCGGGAGCUGCCCGGCACGGAGCUGGCUGUGGAACAGCCCCACCUGCGCACGGGCCUGGCUGGGGACAAGCUGCACGCUCCCUGCACGGCCGAGGACAAGCUGCAGUCUCCCUCCGUGGGUCCCGCUGGGGACAAGGGCGCCCCAGCCGCGGUGCCGUACCUGAGCACCCUGCCGGGCACGGUGGCUGAGCCCCGUGCCCCGCCCGGGGCCGCCCCCCAGGCAGAUGCCACCGUCCCGCCCGCACCGCGCACGGCCCCGGCACAGAGACAGGAGCACCAGGCAGCCGUGGGACAGGUGCCAGCGGCCAAAGCACCCAGCGGCUCCGGGCAGAUGUGGAGCACAGCUGCACCUGAAAAGCCUCCAGAGCCCACACCUGGCUUUGUCUCCGAGAGCAGUUCCAGUGCCCGUGCCUCCUCUUCUGUGCCCGCGGGCCACCAGAGCCACUUGGAAAAACCUCGGGAGAGCACAAGGGCUCCCCCGCUGCACCUGCGCUCCGAGUCAGUCCCUGCCCCCUCCUCCUACAGCUUCACCCCGCCCGUGCCGCCCGUGAGGACACUGGAGAGCAAGAUCGCCGCAGCCAUGCACUCCAACAACACGGACGCCAUCAACAACUCCAACUACCACUCCUUCCUGGCCUCCUCCAUGCUGGCGUCCUCCGUGGAGGAGGCGCUGCUGCCGCCACCACCGCCACCACCUCCCAAGCACUCGUCCCUGCAGCCGGUGUACGUACCGCACCCCAAGACAGAGAGCCUCCCCGAGCCCGUGGGGCCUGACAGCUACCUGCACGCCAAGCACCAGUACCGGCCCGAGAGCGUCCCUGCCCACGGCUACCACGGCAAGGCCGAGCAGCACCAGCCCUACCCACCCCGCCCGGAGCCGCCUGUCACCGCAGGCACGCGCUACGGCUCCUACGGCACGCAGGGCAAGGGCUCUGCCACGGGCCUGCACCCCAAGCCCCGCAGCCGCACCGACUUCAUGUCCUCCGUGAGCCCCACGGGGCUGCGGGGCACCGGCUAUGCCGAGGAGGCCCCCCCGUACCCCACCAUCCGCAGGGUGCAGUCGCUGCACGUGCCCGGCCCGGCCGCCGCCGCCGCCAUCCGCUCCGUGCCGACGUCCCGCACGGAGGUGCCCCCGGACGACGAGCCCGUGUACUGCCCGCGGCCCCUCUACCAGUACAAGCCGUAUCAGCCCCACUCCGACUACCACGUCACGCAGCUCCAGCCUUACUUUGAGAACGGGCGGGUCCAUUAUCGCUACAGUCCCUACUCCAGCUCCUCCAGCUCUCCGUACUACACUGCGGCCGACGGGAGUUUCUACGACCUGGAUCCCUACAGCACCGUGCGGGUCCGGCCCUUCCACGGCCUGCCCGGCCGCGAGUUCGGCCCCUACGUGUCCCGGCUGCAGGGCAAGGGGCUGUACCGCUACCCCAGCCUGGCCGCCUACCCCCGGGCAGGGCUCAUCAACCACCUGGGCAAAGAGCACAGCUUCGUGAGCAGGGACGUGCCCCCCGCCCCGGACAUCAAGCACAUGUACAUGUCCUGGGACCUGGAGGACAUGGAGAAGUACCGCAUGCAGUCCAUCCGCCGGGAGAGCCGCACGCGCCAGAAGGUCAAAGGGCCCCUCAUGUCCCAGUACGACAACGUGGCCCCACUGCUGCAGGACGAGCUGGGGGGUCUGGAUGCCAUCCACCUGCGCAGCAAAUCGGAUCCUGGCAAGAGCGGCCUGCUGACGGUGGCAGAAGGGAAGGAGGGCAGGUACCCAGCCAAGGCGGCCACGCCCGAAGGGGACGAGCGUUACUACGGGCAGCACAUGGAGCCUGAGCUGGACCGAGCCGUCUAUCACGGCGGGGGCUAUGGGAAUGGGCAGCCUGAAAAGCCAUCCUUGCCCCAGAAGCAGAGCAGCAUCCGGAACAGGAAGAUGCACGAAGCAGGCAGCAGCAGCAGCGAGCACAGGACGUAUUUGCAGCAGGAAGCCAACCAUAGGCAGCCUUCCGAACCCAAAAAUGGGCCCCCCUACCCCGAGUACAGGCCCAAGGGCGGCCCAGAGCCCUCCGAGCCCAUGGGCUACCAGCACUCGGGCAGCAAGUACAUCCCGGCCAGCCAGGAGACCCUGAGGCUGAACCACAAGGAGGGGAGGCUGGCAGAGGACAGGCCAGACCUGGAGAGGCCCCGAGGCAGGGCAUCCAUGGAGAAGCACUCCAGAGACUGCUACAAGGAGGAGGAACACGCCGCCCCUCCCGUGGCGCCGCCACCCAAGCCCGAGCGGAGCCACAGCCUCCGAAUGCGGGAGCACCCUGAGCCCAUGGAGAGGGACUCUGCCCUGCUGUACCCCUACCAAACCCUGGGCAAGCGCCAAAGCACGAUGACUGUGGUGUCCCAGUACGAUAAUCUGGAGGAUUACCAUACCCUGCCUCAGCACCAAAGAGGGGCCUAUGCUGGAGCGGGGGGCUUCGUGCCCCCCGGCUUCCCCCAUGUGCACAGCAGAACUUACGCCACGGCGCUGGGGCAGGGAGCCUUCCUCCCCACAGAGCUGUGUCUGCAGAGGCCCGAGACAGAGGUGCACGUCGAGUGAGCUGGGGGGGGGGGACGAGGGAUAGAGUCUAAGCAGCCUCUGCUGGACAGUGGACUGUUUUAUUUUUUCAGUGACAGUAAAAAACUCCCUGACCUUGCCCCAGUGAGCAAAGCAAACCCCCCUCAGCCCUCCCUUGGCCCCCACUCACUGUUUUUAUGUAGUAGAGCUAUAGAUUUUCAUGUAGUUUUGAGCCACCUGGGAGGGCAGGGCAGGCUGUUGGCACACAGUUGUUGCCAGAGGCCGGGCAGGGCUGACACAGAUGCUGUUGGGGCAGGGAGGGAAGGAAUUUUCCCUUCCCAGAUGUGACACUGGCUGCUCCUCCCCAUGCCCAGGGUCCCAGGUAUGAUGGGCUGUGCACAAUGGACUGUACCUGCAGCUCCAUCCUGCUGCAAACUGCCCAUCCCAGGCUGGCUCCCAGGAAAGGGCCGUGGAGGAACCUUGGAGUUACACAGAGAGAGUGGGGCUGGGCAGGGCUCCCCAGGGAUCCUCUCCUUGCUGAGGCCCUGCCUCUCCCGUGGCUGCACCCACUGCA